GCUGAUGGACUUUCUCUGGUGGAGCUGAUUGGCUGGCUGCAAUCUUGGGCACAGCGCGGAGUUCUCUGGAGUUGUUUUGGGCUGAGUUUGCAUAAAAGAGCAUGGCUGGAGAGUGUCUUCUGCGUGAGCUUCUGGGCCCCCUGCACCCGAAUAAGGACGACAAAGAGGAGGAGUGUGUACAGGAAGAUGAGGGGGACCAGGAUUCGGAGUUUGUGGACGCCGAGGAGCUCUGCAGUGGCGGCAUCAGGGCGGGCAGCCUCCCUGGGCGUAUCCGAGUUUCUAUUCCUGACGAAAAUACUAAAGAGAGAUGCACCGUGCAAGGACGUUUCCCGCUCAUAGGUCCUUGGUGGCGAGUGAAGGUUCGGGUUGUAAAGCCUGAGCGAUCCAAGGUCUACCAAGCUCAAGGAUUCCCGUCCUACUUCUUACAGUCCGAUAUGUCACCACCUCAUCGAAAAACCAUCCUUUUGCUGUUUCUUAAAGAAUGUAAUUAUGAACGCAGAAAUGAAUUUUUAAAAUGGGUAGAGAAAGUGUCAGGCUAUGAAAAUCUAAACUUUGAAAAUCUACGAGAAACAUUAAGGAACUUUGACAGAGAAACUGGAAAGGAAAGUAAAAAGCAGUUCACACAGAGUGAAUGGGAUGAGAUGAGAUUGCCUGUGGAGAAGUCCUUCCCAUUUGUAAGUGUAAUGACAGCUUUGCAGUUUCCAAAAGUCAUGGAAUUCCUUCCAGUUCUUCUUCCUCGACACUUUAGAAAGCUUAUCAGCUCAAGUUCUGAAGAGGUGUUGCAAAAGAUAGAAGAGGCCUUGGGUACACAUCCAUGGAAGCUUGGGUUCCGAAGAGUAACCUACAGAGAGAUGAAGCUUUUGUCCUGUGAGGCCAGCUGGAUGUCAUUCAGGCAAUGUCCUUCCCUGCUUCAGUUGAUGACUGAGCAGCAGAGGAAUGCAUUGAUCUUAUAUUCUACACUGAGGCAGACAUGUAGAGAAGACGGGCACACAUAUGUUGAUGUAAAAGAAUUUACUUCGUCGGUGUCAGAGUACAUGUCUUUCCAGCAAGCAUGUGGGUCUCUGGAGUUUAUGAAGGACCUUGAUGUGGUGACCUAUGAGAAGGACUGCAUCUUUCUUUCUGAACUGUAUGAGGCUGAGCAAGGCAUCGCCUCCACCAUCUGUGACCUGAUGAACAGACCCCCAUGGCAUUUACAAGUAGACGUGAAAAAUGUCCUGGCGUCAAUUUGCAAAGGGGAGCCUAAAGAUUCAGGAAGUGCUGAGGCAGUGGGAAGAAGUGAACCAGACAAAGUGGGAUUAGAACAGGGCGAGAGUGUUUCAGACCCACAGGACAGAGGUGACCACGUUAGGAAUAAUGGUGGUCAUGAAAUGGAUGCAGAAAUAAAUGAUGUCCCACUGGAUCCAGAUCAGGUGGCUGCACUGGAAAUGAUUUGUGCCAAUGCUGUGACGGUUCUCAGCGGGAAGGGUGGCUGCGGGAAGACCACCAUUGUUAGCCAUCUUUUUAAGCACGUGGAGCAGCUGGAAGAAAGAGAAGUGCAACAAGCUUGUGAGGAUUUUGAGCAAGACCAGGAUGCCUCAGAAGAAUGGCUUGCCUUUUCUGAGCAGAGUCCAGCAGCGGUGGACAAGGCUGCACAAGUUUUGCUCACGGCGCCUACCGGGAAAGCAGCUGCUUUAUUGUGGCAGAGAACCCAUCUUCUGGCUUACACGCUGUAUCAGGUCAAUUAUAGCUUCUAUUUUUGGAAGAAACAUAAUGGGGAAGAGCCAUGGAAAUUCUCAACAGUUCGAGUUCUGGUUGUGGAUGAAGGGAGUUUGGUGUCUGUUGGGAUUUUCAAAUCAGUGUUAAAGAUACUGUGUGAACACACCAAACUUUCUAAGCUUGUUAUCCUUGGUGAUAUUAGACAGUUACCCAGUAUCGAACCUGGCAACAUGCUGCAGGAUGUUUUUGAGACUCUUAAGUCGAGAGGGUGUGCCAUUGAACUAAAGACAAACCACAGGGCAGAGUCCCAGCUGAUUGUGGACAAUGCUACAAGAAUCUCCAGGCGCCAGUUUCCAGAAUUUGAUGCAGUGCUAAAUAUCUCUGAUAAUCCCACAUUACCCAUCUCCAUUCAAGAUAAGACAUUUAUUUUUGUCAGACUCCCUGAAGGUGAACACCAAUCUAAUUUAUAUUCUGCAGUUACAACAUUGCUUCAAGGAAAGGACUUUGAAAGUGCAAAAACAUCACAAUUUAUUGCAUUUAGAAGGCAAGAUUGUGACCUCAUCAAUGAUUGCUGCUCUAAGCACUACACAGGCCAUUUAAUCAAAGACCACAAGAAGAAACUUGUCUUUAGUGUUGGUGAUAAAAUCUGUUGUACCCGGAAUGCAUACCUCUCAGAUUUACUCCCUGACGAGGACGAGGAAGCCAUCAGGAAAGGCUUUGACCUUGUCCUUUCUGAUGAUGCCCCCUCUGAUGCUGCCACCCCUUCUGAUAUCAAAAUCAAGAAGAAUUUUGAAAGUGACAUUCGGCUGUGCAAUGGGGAAAUAUUUUUCAUAACAAGGGAUGUAACUGAUGUAACUUUCAAAACAAAAAGACUUUUGACCAUCAAUAAUGAAGCUGGCUUGGAAGUGACUGUGGACUUUAGCAAACUCAUGACGAACUGUCAGAUAAAACAUGCCUGGGCAAGGACUAUUCAUACUUUCCAGGGGUCGGAGGAGAACAUAGUCGCCUAUGUAGUGGGGAAGGCAGGCCGCCAGCACUGGCAGCAUGUCUACACCGCAGUGACCAGGGGCCGCUCUAGAGUGUAUGUCAUUGCCGAAGAGUCUGAGCUCAGGAAUGCCAUCCGGAAGCGCAGUUUCCCCCGGAAGACACGUCUGAAGCACUUCUUGCAGAAGCAGCUCCUGUCCAGUGCCCGUGCAUCUCCCACAGGUUUUCUAUCCCAGCCUUCAAGCCCUAGAGCUGCAGAAAGACCCAGCACACAACCUCUGGCCUCACCCUUCUGCAGAACCCCAGACAAGAGAGCUACUACGAACAGCCCCGGAGGUGAAGUAUCUUCAGCCACCAAGGAGACAUUUGCCCUUGAUAAAGGAUGGCUGUCAACUUCUUUUAGCGACAUAGAUACAGACGAGGAGUCAGCGCAGCCUAGAGGGUCCAAGAGAACUGGCAGUGGCUUCCCGUUUGAUGAGGAAAGCCCCAGUAAAUUCUGUUUGGUUGAAAAACCAUCUCCACAAGUGUCUUCUAUAUUUCAGAAUUUGAGGUUGAAUAACCGAGCCCGGAGACAACUUUUCAAACCCACUGACAAUCAAGAAAUGAUUAAGUCAGAUGUGGUGGGUCACACCAAUGAUCCCAGCAAUCAGGAAGCUGACACAGGAGGAUCUUGAGUCCCAGGAUAACCUGGGCAACAUCGUGAGACCCUGUACAGGCACCACCACCAAUGAAAACCUCCAAACAGAAAGAAUUUUACUUUGUAUAGCUCAAAAUAAUUAUUUUUCCCAGGUGCUGGAGAGAUGGUUCAGUGGUUAAGAGCACUGGCUGUUCUUCUAGAGGUCCUGAGUUCAAUUCCCAGCAACCACAUGGUGGCUCACAACCAUCUGUAAUAGGAUCAGAUGCUCUCUUCUGUCAUGGAGGAAUAAUUAUUUUUCUCUUCAAGACAAAGUGGACAUUUUAGCUUCAAUGUUCCAAGCUAUGAGAAGAUGACUAUAAACUGGAAUUUUAGUUUGGGGUGUUAUAUUUUGGACAUUUGUACUUGUUUUUAUGUUUGUUUGUUUGUUUGUUUGUUUGUUUUGUUUUUCAAGACAAGGUUUCUCUGUGUAGCUUUGGAGCCUAUCCUGUAUACUUGUAUUUUUAAAUCUGCAUUUUAAAACAUAUUUUAAAUUCAUCUGAUCACAGCAAACAGUGCCGAUCUCAUUCUCUGUCCUCAUGAGAAUAGUUAGCACUGGAUGGAGAUUGAGGGGGAAAGAUGCUGUGUGCUUAGAAAGCUCCCAUUUUAGGGAUGCGGUACGUUUUGUGAUAAUGCUCCGUGACCACUAUGGGUCACCUUUGCCAGUCCACUGAAGCAGUAGUAAAGGUGGGGUGGCCUGUUGAAACAUUCAGGGGUGCUGUGUUUACCACGGGGGUCAUUUAUAAGGCCUUCACUCACUCCAGCUCUGCUUCUGGGACUCAGCAUUUUUGGGACUUGCCUUGGCUAUGCCUUUUCCUAGUUGGGCAUAAGUCUUGAAUAUAUCCUAUUAUAGGAGACCUUUCUCUUAAAGCAGAUUGGGUUUUUUUUUUUUUUUUAAGUAUUUAUUGCCAAGUGGUAGUGUGGUUUGAAUGUGUCUCCCCACACGUAUGUGCGUUGUACUGUGGCAGUAGAUGCCUGAUAAAAGUCACUGUUAGCUGUAUUGAGUUCUGUUUUUUUUUUCAAUUUUAUAUUUUUUAUUCUUUUGGCCAUGGGAUGACAAGUCCUCAUUAGAUAUGCACUCCUGGCUAUAGACACUCCUUGUCUUGUACUUUGCUUUAUUGCAGUUCUCAGAUAGUAUGUUAUUUAUACAUUGCCACUCUCCUACAGCUCAGGCCACAGAAACUUCUGGCAACAGAGUAUUUUAGUUAACAUGUGCACAUCACUUUAUUUUUAUGUAUUCUGGUGUUUUCCUAUUAGACUACCAGGAUAGUACAAAGACAUUUUUCUUUCUUUUCCUUUUCUUUUUGGGCUGGGCUUUGAACCCAGGACUCAUACAUUCUAAGCAAGUACUUUAGUAUUGAAUUGCAUCUCUAGCCCUAAACAUAACCUUUAUAUGUACUGAGAAUCGAGCAAACAAAACAAUUGUGUGACUCAUCUGAUUGUAAUAUUCUCUUAUGGCUGUGCCAUGGAGGGUUCUAAUCUGCAGUGUCUCCAAGACACGCCUUUUGAGCAAUAAAUUCACUAUUCAAUUUA